CUCUCCCGGUACACUCAUAAAUAUACCUCAGAGCUUUCUGAUGGGAAUUUAACGUGCACACUGUAUGCAUACCGCAAGGGAAAGUCGCAUGUCCAGAACGCGGUCUAGAUUACAAGUACGGAGAAAGUUACAGCAAUUAAGACACAUAAAUAGCUGAAACGCAGCGCCAGAGACAUUUUUGGAUAAAAAAAGGGAUUUCAUGAAGUAUGGAAGUUUGGGCGCUGGGAAUCGGGAUCUUGCUCCUGGACCGCUGUCAAUUAAGUGACGGAAUCAAGUGGCUGGCGUUGGGAAUGAGCUCAAUCUCUAUUAACACAGAGCAGAUCUGUGACGAACUCAUAGGACUUAACAACAGACAGAAAGUAUUAUGUAAGCGGAACGUGGAGAUAAUGAACAGUGUCACAAUGGGGGCAAGAACUGCCAUCGACGAAUGUCAGUACCAGUUUAAGAACAGACGCUGGAAUUGUAGUACGGUGGAUCCAGUGUCAGUGUUCGGCAAUGUGCUUGACCAAGGCACGAGGGAAGCAGCGUUCGUUCACGCCAUAUCUGCGGCAGGUGUCGCCCACAGCGUAACGCGGGCUUGCAGUAGCGGAGAACUAGAAAAAUGUGGUUGUGAUAGGACAAUUAAUGGAAAGAGCCCGGAUGGAUUUACCUGGUCCGGAUGCUCGGAUAACAUAGCCUAUGGAAAUGCGUUUUCCAAAGCGUUUGUGGACGCCAGGGAAAGACACCGGCAUAAAGGGGGAGGAAGGGCGCUCAUGAACCUGCACAACAACGAGGCCGGAAGACGGUCUGUGGAGAAGCACAUGAAAGUAGAGUGCAAGUGUCAUGGCGUCUCCGGGUCCUGUGAACUGAAGACCUGUUGGCGGGCCAUGCCUACCUUCCGCGAGGUCGGGGCACGACUCAAGGAGAAAUUCGACGGAGCGACAGAGGCGAUCCAGGAAAGAAUAGGCACGAGGCGGCAGCUUGUCCCUGUCAACAAGCAGUUCAAGCCCCACACCCACGAGGACCUGGUGUACCUGGUACCCUCCCCUGACUUCUGUGACCCGGACCCCAGCAUAGGCUCCCUGGGGACCAGGGGGCGACUGUGUAACAGCAGCUCCAAGGCCAUCGACGGCUGCGACUUGAUGUGUUGCGGGCGGGGGUUCAAGACGAGGCGGAAGAUGGUGGUAGAGAGAUGUAUGUGUAAGUUCCAUUGGUGUUGUUACGUCAAGUGUAAGGAAUGUAGGCGGGAGGUGGAGGAACACUACUGCUUAUGAAAACAGUGUCUACAAGAUCGUUGUCAUCCAAUGCGGUUACUGUAGCUUCGAAAUCACUGUACUGCAGCAUUGCUAUCUUACAUUACGGCAUCAUGACCAUACACUGCAGUCUCUGCAAGGUCUCUCUCUGCAGUAUUGUCAUCACUUGUCCCUGCAUCAUGAAAAACAAGGACAUCAUCCAAUGUGAUUGCGUGUCACUUCCGCACUCUUACCAGAAAUAUCAUUCUCUCGUAAAACAGACGGCUCGAAAGGAACACAAGGUGGACACGCUUGUUUUAACACAAAAAGCAAAGUGACGUCAUGCAGUCACGUGAUGCCCGGAACGAUUUCUCAGUUAUGUACAAACACAGUGGCAUGUGAUAUGUUUUACCACGUCAUCUCAUAUAUCUCAUUUAACAUUGAUAUUCAUUCCUUCAUUUGUCUGCACUUCAAAUUAUAAGUGCGGUAUUGCGGUUGUUCCUGCAAGAAUCCCUUGUUAUGGACUCAUUUAUACAGUCUUAUAGUUGUCUUAAAGUAUGCAUCUUUUCCUAAAAACUCGAAAAAUGUUUUAGUUUUAAACAAGAAAGAUCUAAGGAUUGGUGCAUAGUUAGGUUUAAGAAAGAAAUUACGAAGUUAAUUUUUUGCUAGAUCAUAAGAUGUUUAGGUUUGUAGCAGAGAGAAUGCUCCUGGGUUUUCAGCCGAAGUGUUCAGUUUUCAGUUGUUUAAAGCAAUCCGCAAAGGCAAUGCUUCCUAGAAAGCCAACUGUCUUCCGUCCACAAUUCACAAUUGAUGUAAAGUACUUAUAAACACUUAACUGGUAAAUUGUGGAAUAUAAUUCGAGGGGUAUAGAUGAUAUAGGCAGUAGUGACUGGACUUCCAUUUCAGUGGUUUCUCUACAGCAGCACGGCAGUUUUAUUAGCCCAGUGAAUAAGUUAACAGGUGUACAGCGUAAUUAGGAACUUCAAAUCCUGGGCGUUUUCCUACAUCAUCGUUUCAGAGUUCUACUUAAGUCAGAAAAGAAGUACAGUUGACCUGGACUUGAUACCUGUAAGCAGAGCGCUCCCUAAUCAUUGGCCACUCCCUAUGAUUUUUUUCUAAAAAAAGACGGAAAUGUAUGGCAAAUGAAUCUGGCGACUCUGUAGGGAAUGUAAUAAUUUUUUGAUCACAAAAUGUUCAGCGCUGUUCUGAUUUCUUAUAACAACAACAAAAAUUAAUAUUUGAGAUUUAAGUGUUCUUUUCAUCGUUCGUACUUUGAAGCAUGUGUAUCGAACUUGAAACAUUAAAUUGUGGAACGCUGACAAAAUCCAGAAAAAGGGAUUGUGACAAAGAAAAAAAGGUUGUUUAAAUGUGAACUGUUUCACUGCAUACGUUAUAUGUAUGAUUCAUCGGAACUGAGAAAGGUUUUUCUUUCGCUCUUUAGGGGUAUACAUACAUAGGUGUAUAGUCCAUCAGAACUGUACAUAUGUUAAUUGUGUAAAAAGAUACAUUCUGAUAUCGUUAAAAAGUAAACGGUACAAUGAGAGCAAGCGGUGUCUCUCCAUGUCAAUAUGUUAUCACAACGGGCAAUGUAAAUAUUUUAGACCGCAGUAUAGGCCACGAAAGCCAAUUUUUUAAUUAUUGUAAAUAUUGGUAAGCCAACUUUUCUUGCCAUUUCAACAGAUAAGCAGCCGACAAUAAAGAAGCCGAUCCAGGCGUUUACCGAUAUGUAAUGAUUGUGCCCUGACGCUGAUUCGAUGCCAUAUUUAUUGUGAUUUUUAUCUGUAAAUAAAGUUAAUUUAUUUUCAUUA